AUGGAGCAUUUUGAAGUCGAUCAAGAGUAUUCGUAUGUACCGGUGAAUCAAGAUAAAGCAACACGUGGAAUGUUGUUAACAAUGGGAGAUCAAACGCACUGCAUUGCAAAACUUCAGCAGGCUUUAUGUGCAGUACGCUAUGUUAAUGAUCCGUCAAAUGAAAAAAUUGUUUAUAAUUUAGAAGGGCGUAAGCAAUUACUUUCAUAUCGUUAUUAUGUGGGUCAUGUUUUAUGUAAAUUUACAUAUGUGUUGGUUACUUUAGGAAAUGAACAAGCACAUUUACAGGUUCCAUCGACUGAAUCACCGAUAUUGGUUGAUCUUUCUAACGGCCAAUUGGAGAAACGUGAUAGUGAUCGAACACCGGAACAAACAACAAAAACGAAAGCAAAAUUAAAUGAAACACAAACAUUACAAUUAUCCGGAGAUGAUGAAGAAACAACCGUUAAUGACACUGCAAGUAAUUAUAAUCAACUAUUAAAACGCUAUAUGGAUCUCCGAGAUGAUUACGAUAAAUUAAAAGAUGGUGUUGAAGCAUUAAGAGAAUCAACUGUUGCUCGUCCACCAGAAAAAGUACUUGAGUACUAUCAAUUAGUUGUGUCAGCAUGUGAAUUAAAACCGGUAUCUGAUCAAGCAAUACGUGUAUAUUCACAUGUUCUUGGUUUAACAGUCUCAGCAGUGAAGAGUUUAAUCAGCAAAAAUGCGAGUGCAACAGCAAAAAAAUUGUUUAACGCAUUAUAUCCAGAUAAAGACCAAGUUAUCAAAGUGUCUGCAUCGUCGAUAUCCGAAGCAGUCCGUGGUGCAAUCUAUGGUAUCGUUAAAAGUUUUCAUCCGUUAGAAAUGCCAACAGAAACCCAUGUGAAUGAAUAUUUGAAUAAUGUUUAUCGUACUAGUAGAUAUCAAAAAAGAAAACGUGAAGCAACAGCAAUCGAAAGUGAACAACAGAAUACACGGGUAAAAAUUCAUCGAGCUCAACAAUUAGGUGUACAUUUAAAAGAAAGUGGCGGUAAUAUUGAAAAUGGAAGUGAUGCUAAUAGACGACUACGUUUGUCCAUACCUUAUAUACGUAAAUCUAGACGAAAACAAUAUAAACGAAAUGAUGAAACUAAUUCCACAUUGGCAACUGUUGAUCAAACAAAAAACAUUUUAACUGAAGAAAAUGAUUGGAUUAACAAUGAUGUAAUGAACGAUGCACAAGCUGAUGUAUGCGACACCGGUCCUUCUAUUGAAAUGAAUGAUAUAAUAAGUGAAUUUGUGCCGAACAUAGAUGAGUUAGUUGUAAAUUCUCUGCAUCAAAAUCGUUGUCUAACCGAGUCAGAAUUGGCAACAGUGCUAAUAAUGUUCAAAAUUAAAUUCAAUGUAUCUCGAGAAUGUGUAGUGUUUAUUUUAUGGCUAUUACGUCGAUGUAGUGUACCAAACGUACCUCGAUCAUAUCAUACGUUAGUCAAUAUAUUACGGAGAACAUCAAACGUGCCAAUGAGAACAACAUCAUGUACAUUUUGUGAAGAAUGUCAAAAUAUUUCAAGAUCAACAGACCAUUGUGAAAACAAUACAUGCAGCCAGUUUACAGCCUACUCGGUACCACAAAAACUGGGAUUUUUGGAAUUUGAAAUCGAACGUCAAAUAAGAUAUAUACUUGAACGGGAAUCAAAUAUACAAUUAAAAACGAAACAAAACACGAAUAGUCUACACGUACAAGAUAUUUGUGAUGGAAAAUAUUAUCAACGAAUUUUGAAUAUUGAAAAAGACUAUCCGUUUAUUACAUUGAGUAUUAAUGUUGAUGGAAUUGCUAUUGACAAUAGUAGGGAAGUAUCAAUAUGGGUGUUCACAUUCGUCAUAAAUGAAAUUGAACGACGUCAUCGAUUUAGAUUGAAUAAUGCCAUUAUUGGUGGCGUUUAUCCGGGAGACAAGAAGCCUAAUCGGUUAAAAAUGGCCGGCAUGAUCAAAUGCUUAUCGUAUCAAUUAAAGCAUUUGGAAAAACCGUCACCAUAUGUACUGAAAUGUGAACAAGGUGAAAUCAGAAAUAUCAGUGUGUUUUUGAUACUGGCGUCGUGUGACAAACCAGCUGUUAGUUUAGUACAAAAUAGACCAGAACCACAUGCGGCAUUCGGAUGUAUACAUUGUGAAGAAGAAGGUAUAACGAUCCGAAGUAAUGAUAAAACAAAUCAUUGUAAACGUGUAUUUCCACCCGUCUCACCAUUUUAUCCUCAGCCACAUCUUCGUUCAAAUGAAGCUUAUGAUAAAGCGAUCCAUUCGAUUGAGAAUAAAGCUCCGAAUGAUUUAAAAACAAAUAAGCAAAUUGCUGUGUUUGCACGAAAACUUCGUGGUUAUCUUGGUUACGUGCAUUUCCGUGAAUUAAAAUAUUUCAAAAUUGGUGUAUCAUUUAUCUUUGAUAGUCUUCAUACGUUGUAUCAAGGAUGUUUCAAUGAAAAGUUUUCAUGUGUCAAACAUCUUCGAACAUUGACGAAUCGCCUCAAUUCAUUCACGUAUCCAUCCACAACGUAUCGCUAUCCUCGCCCACUUUAUAAAUGGCCAAAAUAUAAAGCAAACGAACUUCGUUCCUUGCUUCUAGUUGGGUUUGUUAUUUUCGAUGGUAUACUGGAUCAUACAUACUAUACACAUCUCUUAACGUUAGUCAUAGCUUCUCAUUUAUGUGAAUCAAGAUCAACUGAAGAACAUUAUGUUGGUGAUAUUACACUAUUGAUGAACCAUUUUGUUUAUUUAUUUCCAAAACUGUAUGGAACAAAAUAUCAUGUACAAAAUGUUCAUUCGACCGGGCAUAUGGAUGGGACCGUUGAUCAAUUUGGACCAUUUCAGAACUGUUCAACAUUUGGUUUUGAAAGUCUGUUGGGGAUUAUAACGGCAACUGUCAUGGGGACAAAAAAUUUUGGACAAGAAUUAAUGAAUACAAUUACCAACAUUCAACUAGCUGAACGACAAUUAUAUGAAACAUCAUUUGAUAGCCGUACUAGAAAUAUUUUAUCAUCGUUAUUCUCGAAAUAUCGAAUGACAUUCACCCAGCAAAUUGAUAGUGAUUCAUACAGGAUGAUAAAAAAAAUAACAAAUGUUGAUCAAGCACGGCGCAUAAUAGCUGUAACGUAUUUUCAAGCACAAGAUGUUGAUUACUUUUCAUCAAUCAUUAUCCGGAAAAUAAAAUUUUCCAUCCAUUGUUCUAAACAAUGUAGAAAGACAAACGAUGGUAUUGUAUUGUUAAAAUUACCACAACAAUUUUCGUCAUGUACACAAGUAGCACUAAUCGAAGAAAUAAUCAAAGUGAAAAACGAGAUCUUUUUGGCUGUCCAAUUA